GUCAAAAUGCCGCUUCGGUUUAUUUACUGUAGGAUGUAGCAAUGCUGCUGCUAACCUCCAACUUGUCAUCCUCCUGAUCGCCUUUCUGUGUAAAUAUAUUCCGGAUGUGAUAUAUACAUAUAUAUGAUUUAAACGACAUAUCUUUGAAGCCCGUGUCCUUAUGCGAAAGCUGAAAUGAGUGAUGUUGUUGAGAAGACACUCACUGCUCUUCCAAGUCUUCUGUCGCUGGACCCGCAGCCCGGGGCUGGGAAACUUUCUGCCACUUCGAAAUUGGGAAAUCUAAUCAGAAGCGUAACUGAACUGACUUCCAAGCAUGAGGAAGAGAAACUUAUCAAGAAAGAGUUGUCUGCUCUAAAAGAACAGGUUUCCUCUCCCAACACGACCUUGAGGCAGAUGAAGGAAAUCAUGGUUAGAGCCAUGUAUUGUGAAAUGCUUGGAUACGAGGCAUCCUUCAGCUACAUACACGCCAUCAAGCUGGCACAGCAGGGAAGUGGUCUGGAGAAAAGAGUGGGUUACCUUGCAGUGUCAUUGUUUCUGAAUGAAAGCCACGACCUGCUGCUCCUGCUUGUGAACACAGUGCUGAAGGACUUGCAGAGUACCAACCUCAUAGAGGUGUGCAUGGCCCUGACCGUGGUCAGCCAGAUAUUCCCCAAAGACAUGAUCCCAGCGGUUCUUCCUCUGGUCGAGGACAAGCUCACUCACUCAAAGGAAAUAAUUCGGAGGAAGGCAGUGCUGGCACUGUACAAGUUUUACUUGAUAGCACCCAAUCAGGUGCAACACAUCCACGACAAGUUCCGGAAAGCGCUGUGCGAUAAGGACCCUGGAGUGAUGACUGCAUCUUUACACAUAUACCUCCAAAUGAUAAAGGAGAGCCCUGACAGUUUCAAGGAGCUGACUGCGAGCCUGGUGGCGAUACUGAAACAGGUGGUGGGAGGCAAGCUUCCGGUGGAAUUUAACUACCACAGCGUUCCUGCCCCCUGGCUGCAGAUACAGCUGCUCAGGAUGCUGGCCCUUCUGGGGAAGGAGGACCAGAGUGUCAGUGAGUUGAUGUAUGAGGUCUUGGAUGAAUCUUUAAGAAGAGCAGAAAUCAAUCAUAACAUCACGUAUGCUAUAUUGUAUGAAUGUGUGAAAACCAUCUACACCAUCCAUCCAAAAUCUGAACUGCUGGAGAAGGCAGCCAAGUGCAUCGGGAAGUUUGUGUUGUCACCCAAGAUCAACCUGAAGUACCUUGGUUUAAAAGCUCUGACCUACGUUGUGCAGCAGGACCCUAACCUGGCUCUACAGCACCAGAUGACCAUCAUAGAGUGCCUCGACCAUCCUGACCCCAUUAUUAAGAGAGAGACACUAGAGUUGCUGUAUAGAAUCACGAACGGCCAGAACGUGUCAGUGAUCGUGCAGAAGAUGCUGGAUUUCCUCAGGCAGAGCAAAGACGAGCACACCACCAUUGACCUGGUGGGAAAAGUGGCCGAACUGGCAGAGAAGUAUGCCCCGGACAAUGUGUGGUUCAUCCAGACCAUGAACACUGUGUUUUCCCUGGGAGGGGAUGUCAUGCAAUCAGAGAUACCAAACAGCUUCCUCCGGCUCCUAGCAGAAGGCUUUGACAGUGCAGAAGAGGACACACAGUUGAGGCUGAAUGCUGUGGACUCGUACCUCGCCCUGCUGCAGACGGACACCUCUCUCCUGCCCCAGCGCUUCCUGCAGGUCAUCAGCUGGGUUCUUGGCGAGUUCUCCUUCCUGAAAGUGGGCCUGGAGCCCAGUCUGGUUUUGGCUCAGCUGGCCAGGCUGUUGGAGCAAGGCUGCAUCACCAUGGAGACCAGGAGCUGGAUUCUGGGGGCCAUGUGCAAGCUCUGCGGGGGUGCGGCGUGUGUGGGCGUGGCCGGGGAGGUGGCGGGGCGGUACGGAGGGUCCCUCUGCACCACCAUACGGCAGCAGGCCCUGGAGCUGGGCGUCCUCUGCCAGGAUGAGGCCCUCAGGGACAGGGUGCUUCCCCAAAACGCCAGCUGGGACGGCCUGGAGGUGGACUCUUCCCUGUCCUUCCUGGAUGGGUUUGUGUCAGACGCUUUGGCCCAGGGCGCUGCCCCAUAUAAACCCCCCCAUCAGAGACAAGAGGAGCUCUCGCAGGAGAAAGUGCUGCACUUUGAGCCGUACAGCCUGUCUAUGCCAAUCAGUCUGUCUACCUGCAGCCUGACUGACAGACAGUCUCCCACAGGCUUCUCGCUCAGCUCUGGUCUCUCUGGCAACAGCGCCGAGCUUUCACACAAAGGAGGCUCUGGCUUGCUGAAGAUGGAGGGAGUGCAGCGAGUUUGGGGGAAGGAGGGGUACCUCCCCCAGAAGGAGGCCACUGAGGAGGUCCCUGCGGUGCCGAUCCUUCCCCCUGUGCCUUCCCAACAGCAGGGCGGCGCCGUGAGCGUGCAGGCAGACGUCCCCAGCCACGCACCUGUUGCUGCCCAGGCCUCCGAGCUGGAGCAGGAGAGGCGGCAGCUGGCCUCCUCUCUCUUCGUGGGCCUGGGUCUGCAGAACGAGCCUUGCCUGAUGGGGAAACCCGAUGUGGCCCCGCAGAGGUUCAGGAGGAAGGCCCGAUUGCAGGAGCCAGCAGGGGGCAGCGACAAGCUCUCAGACUCCUCCUACUCCUCUCACAGCACCGUGGACAGCCUGCUGGACUCAAGCCCCGCCCCCCUUGUGGAGGAUGAGCUAAGCGCUGCUGGCCGUUUAGGGGAGGGGUUAACCACUCUUGGCCGCCUAGAGGAUGGGACAAACACUGUCAAUCCCCUCAGAGAGGAGCCAGCUUUUGCUGCUCCUCUAGGACAGCAGCCAGUUACUGCCAGCUCCUUGGGGGAGGGGCCAAACACCACUAGUUCCCUAGGGGAGGGGCCAACCACUGACAGUCUGCCUGGGGAGGGGCCAAGCAUCACUGGUCCUUGGGGGGAGGGGCAAACGGAACCCCCUCUUCUACAGUGCGACCCUGAGGACACGCUGGGCGAUCAGGCCGGGGAUGAAGGCGAGGAUGACCCCCCUGAGGCCAGUGAUGGGGCCGCUGAGCCUGGCAGACAGGCUUCCCCCUGCCUCCCCACAGAGCUGCUUGAGCUGCCCCACUCUGAGCUCCUGAGCCUGGCCUCUGACCACAGCCUGGCUCUCUCAGCCUGGAAGGUUUGCGGACAGGAAGCCCUGGAGCUUCGCCUCCUGAUACGCAACAGCAGUGACUCCUCCCUGCAGGGCGUGUCUGUGCAGCUGACCUCCGAUCAGCUGAAGGUUUUGGACGGUGCGAAUCGGGCGAUCCCCUCGGUUGGUGGCCUUGGCACUGUGACCAGCCAGUACAGCGUAGUCAUGGAGAUGCCCCUGGUCCAAGCCAUGGUGGGUGGGGCGGUGACCUACCGCGGCCAGUCUGAGUCAGCCAAUGAGCUGCAGUUCUCAGUGGGGCUCCCUCUGACUGACUUCCUCAGGCCUUUGCUUCUGAGCACAGAGGAUUAUGGGAAGCUGUGGCUGUCCUUCAGCCACGAUGUGAAACAGAACCUCCAGCUUCUGCCGGACAAAGAGGACCCGUUCUCAGCCACGCUGAACGUCCUGAAGGAAGAACUACGGCUCCACCUUGUGGAAAUCAUAGGCACUGAGGGCAUCAUGGCAUGCCAGCUCCUCCCAGGGCACCCCUGCCUGCUGCACUGCCACGCCCACACGGGCACCCUGACGGUGUGGCUGCGUUCAUCCGUCCCGGACCUGCCCGACUGCCUGCUGUACCACUGCCAGAGGGUGCUGCAGGAGAGGUGAGGGCCUGCCAGCGACGUCACGGUAACCACGGGGAAGGGGCAUCUCCAUGACGACCAAACCCCGCCCAUCAAUGGCACCCGGGAGGUGGAGUCACGGGGAACACGUGAGCUAAAACCAGGAAGGACUUGGCGGUACACGUCUGGUCGCACACACAACAGAAAAAGAAACACCGCAGUGCUUAUCCUUGUGUGGACUGCACCCUGUCCCUUUGUUUCCAUCUUCAUUAGGUUAUUUAUUUACCAACUCGGUGCCCUACGCUGUCUUGCAUUUUAUACAUUCAUUAGGCUGGAUGUUUACUGAAACACUUGAGGCUACGUGCUUUGCAUUACUUAAGAGCACAGCAGUGGUGCCUCUGGGAUUCAAACCUGCAAGCCCAGCCUCUACACUGCAGCUCUACUGCAGGCUCACAUCUGCACUCAGCCUUCAUUACAAAAUAAUGAUUUAUUACUUUUAUGUGGAAAAUGUUUAUUUUUUAUUUUUUCGUUUUAAUGUUGAGUUAUUUCAGUUUGUUUCAAAACUGAAUUGGCAAAGUGCAUCUUAACUCAGGUAAAAAGACACAAGAAGGAACCGUUCGUUCCAGAGUGUGUCGUGGUGUGCAUUGUGUGUGAGUCAGUCACAAUGUAUAUCCCUUCUGCAAAGACCCUGUAUUUAACCUGAGGGACCCUUCAAGUGCCAUAUGAGAACUCGCAAACUGACUUACAUUUUGCUUUGAACUGUAUGGGUCAAACACACUAAUUUACUAGAACAUGUUCAUAUGAGAUGAAAGCCUUGUAUCAUGUGCCCAGUUAUAAAUAUGAAAUAAGAGUAUUUUCUCUCUUUAACUGGCGUUUGGCAGCGUGUUUGUAGAGCUUCAGAUCUUCCCUCAGUUUCCAUAUUUCAGCACUUGAAACGCGGAAACUCCCAGUGCGUUUGGCUCCGGCUCCGUGCUGCUGAACCCUGUAAAGCCCUUUUUGCCAUGAGCAGCUGCUCGCUUGGUUCUGUAUUAUACCCGCUUCCAAAAGGCUGCGUCAGGCGCUCCAAAGGUUUUGCCUUUCAUGAGUCGUUUACCGCACCGUCCUGGCAGUUAUUGACAGGAGGUGGACUGGGCCAGGAUGUCUGCGCAAUGAGCAGAUUGCUAGCUGCAAGCCUCCCAUAUUGUGUUCGUCAUAAAGCAAUAUAUUUUGUCUGCCUUCCAGUGUUUUAAUUUGCCGGAGCGUGCCGAGAGUUCACGUCCCUGGUUGCUGGCUGGUUUUCCUUUUUCUUGUGUCGCUCUCAACUCUGUAGUGUUCAUUCGGUGCAUGGAUCCAACUGGGAUUUAUAGCAGUGCUAAAUGCGGUCAAGUCCACAGAAUGGCCAGGUGUGUGUGUGUGUGUGUGUGUGUGCGUGUGCGUGUGCGUGUGCGUGUGCGUGUG